UGAUGGAGGUGAAGUGCCCCCCGCUGAACGGAAGAGAAAGGAAUAGCCAGUUGGCCCAGAAACGUCUGCAAGCCGUAGCAUAUUACUCAGCAGAAGUAGACCUCGUAAUUCAAGGCCUGCUUUCAUGCGCUAGGGCUGUUGCAGCAGCAGCUGUGAUGAUUGAGAAAGCAAGAAAUAUUGUCCUGGGGCACCUGCUAACGCUAGUGGUUCGUUCCUUACUUUGUAGUCCUCCUCUCCAGAGUUCAAGCAAGCGUGGAUGUGGCACAGCACCGCAGGCCCUAACCCAGCGCAGAGGCCGCAACACCAUCUGCCACAGUAGACGCCAGCACGGAGCAGGCAUCGCCUGGCCCCGACCAUGUCGUUCGUCCACUACAAGUUCUCCUCCAAGCUGAACUAUGAUACGGUCACCUUCAACGGCCUCCACAUCUCCCUGUGCGACCUCAAGCAGCAGAUCAUGGGCCGCGAGAAGCUGAAGGCGGCCAACUGCGACCUGCAGAUCAUCAAUGCCCAGACCAAAGAAGAAUACACGGAUGAUAAUGCCCUGAUUCCUAAGAACUCAUGGGUAAUUGUUAGAAGAAUCCCUGCUGGAGGAGUUAAGGCUACCAGCCAAACGUAUAUGACUCCUAAAUCGCACAAAAUCCUAGAAACUGCUUUCAGAAGUCAAACUGAGCCAGUGAGUGGAACCUCAAAAGCGAUUGAUGACUCUUCUGCAUCUAUUUCUCUGGCCCAGCUUACUAAGACUGCCAACCUGGCUGAAGCCAAUGCUUCCGAAGAAGAUAAAAUAAAAGCUAUGAUGACACAGUCCUGCCAUGAAUAUGAUCCAAUCAAUUACCUGAAGAAACCCUUGGCUCCACCUCCACCAUCAUAUACUUGCUUUCGUUGCGGAAAACCUGGCCACUAUGUAAAGAAGUGCCCAACCAAGGGGGACAAAAAAUUUGAGUCCGUUCCCAGAAUUAAAAGGAGCACAGGGAUUCCGAGGAGUUUCAUGAUGGAGGUGAAAGAUCCCAAUACAAAGGGUGCUCUGCUGACAAACACUGGAAAAUAUGCAAUACCAACUAUUAAUGCGGAAGCUUAUGCUAGAGGAAAGAAGGAAAAGCCUCCCUUUUUACCAGAGGAGCCGUCCUCCCCCUCCUCAGGUGAUCCUAUUCCAGAUGAGUUGUUAUGUCUCAUUUGUAAAGAUGCAAUGACUGAUGCAGUUGUUGUUCCCUGCUGUGGAAACAGUUACUGUGAUGAAUGUAUUAGAACAGCAUUACUGGAAUCUGAGGAACAUACAUGCCCAAUGUGUCAUCAAACGGAGGUUUCUCCCGAUGCUUUGAUCGCCAACGAGUUCCUACGCCAGGCUGUGAACAACUUCAAAAAUGGAACUGGCUACAGUCAGCAGAUUCAGCAGCAACAGCAGCAGCAGCCGCCACCGCCGCCACCGCCACCACCUCCACCACCACGCAUGAGGCAAACAAUAACACGCAACCUGCAGCCUCUGCUCCGGCCAACAAUUUCCAGACAGCAGGAUCCACUAAUGGUUCCAUUAGCUUCUCUGGCUUCUCAUUCUGCUGCUGCUUUGUCAUCGUUGGCCCCUGCUCAGUCAUCUGUGGCAGCUGGGCCUUUUUGUGAUGCCGAUACCGUUCUACCUCCUGCUGCUCUGGUGACUGCCGCUGAACUUUCUAAAUCUUCCUCUCUGCCAAUCAGCAGUUUGUUGGAAGAGGAGGGCUAUCAGGUUCCUGUACUAAGACAACCAGCAUUGCCAAGUCUUCUGGGCCCCCAAGGACAAGCAAUACCCACAACUGGUCAUCCAAUGAGGGCCAGUACAAUCCGCUCAGCAGGCGGCAGACCAGGCUGGGAACUGGAGAAGAGAAAGUCCAAACUUGAUGAGUUUACAAAUGAUUUUCCUAAGGAACUGACGGAAUAUAAAAAGAUUCAAAAGGAGCAUAGGCAUUCGUUUUCCAGCCAUAGUCAAAGCGCUUCUGAGAGUCAGCCUCGAAGCCACAGCAGCAGGGCCAGCUCAGGAGAGAGUCAAGACAGCAAGAAAAAGAAAAAGAAAAAAGAGAAGCAGCAGCACAAGAAGCCCAAGAAGCAUAAGCAGCACAUGGGAAACGAAAUGGAAUUGGAAAAGAGCCAAAAACACAAACACAAGAAGAAAAAAUCAAAGAAGAGCAAAGAGAAAGAGGAAGGUGACCAAAAAGUGAAAUCAGUCACUACACAGAGUGACAGCUAAUUAAAAAAAGACUUAAGUCCUGAGUCAUCUGGAUAAGAUUUUGUUGAAAGGGAAACGAAUUCAAGCGUUGGGCAAAUAAUGACAUGAAAGACUCUGUGCUGCACUGAAACUAUGGCUGCUUGAGUAUUUGAUUUUUACAUCAGAGCUUUAUAAAAGUGAACAUUUGUACAGAAUUGUGAGUUGUGACCAUGUAACAUGAAAGGUUUUGCUGGGGCAUCUUAUUUUUAACCACCGUUAAUUAGUUGUGUGGGUGGAGUUUACUGUACUGUGAGAAUUUUCACAGCCGAAUUUUUUCUUAAUUGCCUGGCAGAAGCAGCUGGUAUCAGUUAUAAAAUAGCAGCAGAAUGACUUGCAGAAUACAUUACAGCCCUGCUAUGUCACUUUUUGAUUACAAUAAAAAGUUUUCAAUAAACUA